AUGCUCGUCUUGAAAAAAACGAUUGUACUAUGUGCUUUCAUGCUGCUGAAUGCCAACUCGGCACUGGGAAAGGCACUUCGAAAUGUUGAACGGAAGAAGGGCGGAAGAGACCUAAUGUUUGGAGCUGAUGCCGCAUCAGCAAAUGCCGAGUUAGAAAACCAAUGGGAAAAUUUUGCAGUGCAACAGCAGAUGAGUAUUCCUACCACUAUGGCUCCGGUUGUCCCAACUGUGCCACCCACUGUUGCACCUACGCCCACUCCACCACCUACAACCGAAGCAGAAACUGCACCUCCAACCACUCCGCCUACAACCCCCAACCCCACAACUGCCCCGGACCCCACAACUGCCCCAAACCCCGGUCCAACUCCUCCUCCAACACCAGCACCAACUCCAAAUCCUACUACACCUCCACCAACUCCAAAUCCUACUACGCCUCCACCAACUGGCCCAGCUUCGCUUUUCCUCGACGAAGAUGAUGUUUUUAAUGAGUUUUCACUUGCUGAAUGUCAAGGAGACUGUGACGAUGAUUCCGAUUGCGAAUUUGGUCUCAUUUGCUUUCAACGUGAUCUAGGAACCACGGACGUUCCAGGAUGUCUCGGAAAUGCCGACGAAGUUGGUGAUGGCUUUGAUGAUUUCUGUAUCGCCCCUCAAACCGAAGAUACGCUUGUUAUCGUGGGCGAUGAGGGCUUCCCUGCUUCUGCGUUCCCUCUUGGCAAGUGCCAGGGAGAUUGCGACAUAGAUGACGAUUGCGCUGAAGGGCUCACGUGCUUUGAUCGUGUUGGUGAUGAAAUCGUUCCAGGAUGCAUUGGAUUCGGAGGAUCAACCUGGGACUACUGUUUUGACCCAACCGCAACCGACAAAGAACUCAACUUUGUUGGGCUUCCAGAUCCACAAUGGGACUAUUUUGAACUAAACCAAUGCGAAGGAGAUUGCGAUUUCGACUCUGACUGUGGGAUCGGUUUGAUAUGUUGGCAGAGAAAUUCAGGGGACGAUGGCGUUGUACCCAGUUGUACUGGAGAUGCAAACACUAUUGAAACUGGAGCCGAAGAUUAUUGUGCUAUCCGUCCAUCUCCUACUUACCUGUCGAGUGUAUAUGAUCAUUUCGAAGGUGCAAAUCAAGGAGCAUUCCCAAUUGGCCUUUGUUCUGGAGACUGUGACUUUGACUCUGACUGCGAAGGGGAUUUGAUUUGCUACUAUCGAGCCGAAUUUGAUCCAGUUCCUGGAUGCGAAGGAGAAGGAGAGAUAAACUUCGAUUACUGCGUUCCACCAGAUACUCCAGACAAGGCACUCGAGUUUGUUGGUGAUGAAGAAAACGGUUACUAUGAAUUGAAGGAAUGCGAAGGAGAUUGCGACUUCGACUCUGAUUGCGAUCUUGGACUUGUUUGCUUCCAACGCAAUGCUGGCGACGAUGGUGUUGUUCCCGGAUGCGAUGGAAAUGCUAACGAUCUCGCUACUGGUGGCGAAGACUUUUGCAUCAAGAGACCAUCGGACACCUACCUCAUCAGUGCCUUCGAUGAUGUCGAUCUCGCAGAUUUUGGACUCUACCCUCUCCCCAAUUGUGCUGGAGACUGUGAUACUGACGUGGAUUGCGCAGAAGGACUGACGUGCUUUACCAGGCUUGGAACGGGUGAUGUACCAGGGUGCGAAGGUGAAGGAGAAGAAGAUUUCGACUAUUGUAUCACCCCAUAG